AAUAUGGUAAUUGAAUUUUUUGGUGAUUUAAUUAAAUGAUAUAAUUGAUAAGUAAGAACUAAUUUUGCACAUGCUUGGCAUUAUUUGCUCAUUGUUUUAAGCUAUUUUAGACAUUGAAUUUGUAAGCCUUUGGAUUUGGUGAAAUAUUAUUAUAUACCAUAUAAUAUAACAUUUAUAAAUAAUGAUAAUGUUCAUAACGGACAUGACUGCAUCGCAGCACAAAAUGCUUAAGAUCAAGUUUGAUUAAAUUUAGACCAGUCGUCGGACAAGUCGCGAAAUGUCAUCCGACUUUCGGUUGACUAUAAAAGCAUAGCUAAAUUCUGGAUUUCAUUAAGUUCUGUUUCGCAGUUUGCCGACUGACAACAAAGAAUCCUUAUUAACAUGAAGUUUGUGAUUGUCUUCGCUUGCCUUUUGGCCCUUGCCUACGCUGAUUCUUCUACGGUUGUUAAAGAAUACAAUGAAGUGAAUCCUGAUAGCUUCAAAUACGCCUGGGAAACUUCUGACGGAACCUCAGUCAAUCAGGAUGGACAGCUGACAGACCCUCACACCCUCUCUGUUAAGGGAUCAUAUGAAUAUAUAUCGAAGGAGGGCAAAACCAUCAAGGUAACCUAUACCGCCGAUGAGAACGGCUACAAGCCCGACAUUAAGCAGUCUUAAAAACCGCCGGAACAAAGAUAAAAAUUCAAUAAAUCGUAUGAACAUCUGAAACAAAUAUAUUUAUUCAAUUAAAUCGAGCGCCAACUAGAAGAUU